AUGAAUAGCUCAGACACGGUCUCGCAGGCGCCCACCUGGGCCGCCCAAACAACAGAAGACGAGGACCUCGAUGAACCACCCGAGUUAAAGCUUCACCAUCCCAAACCCCAGAAAUUUCCGAGAGCUGCCAUUCGACGACCUUCGGAGCAGCCCUCGCUCCUCACCAAGGCGCUGAAGGAGCAGGAUCACGAUGAUUUCCGUGACCCUCCCCGAUCCAUACUCACCACCGGGAGCCUGCGUCGUCGCUCCAUGGCAAGCACCGUCAGCAUCGCCUCUACUGCCGACCUAACUAGCGACACCGGCCAGACCAGCCCUUCCCGUACCAACACACCGAGCCCGCCCAUUCCCGAGAUGUCCAUGCUACGUCUCAAUCGAGACGGUUUUCGUAUCAGCCCUAACGCUGUUGUUUCUGGUCACACCACUGGGGAGCAAGGCCAGGAACCUCCCAAGGAGGUACCUCGCAAACGCUGCAUCCAGUUUGCUUGUGCUGCGAAACCUCCACUGGAUGCUUCCGCCAACCGGGUUCCAUCAGCGGAGGUCAUCGCACCGCAGGAGCCAAGACGCUCAUGCAUACGUUUUGCUUGCCCUCCUCGCCCUACGGAGACUCAAAACACGCCUCCGAGAGCCUCGGAGCCGACGCUUGCAUCCACUUCGCUUCCCACCACGGAGUCGCCGUCUACCCCAAGGAAGACUUCGGCUCUUGCGGCUGCUUUGGCUGCCAGCCCUGUUACCGUCCGCCGUCUUUCUAACGGCCCUCAGAUCACCAGGCCUAGAUUUUUACGCGCCAACUCAAAGGACCUCGUCAAGGAUUCCUCUCAGUUUCACGAAUUUGCCAGUGGCAUUACCCGUGAAGAUGACUGGAUUCGCCAGGACAACAACUCCGCCAUUCGCACCAAGCUCACUAUCAAUGACACUCUCGCCAAGGAACUCAACUUUCGCCGUCUAGCUGAUGAGGCCGAGGAGGAAGCCCUCCUUGAAGAAGAUGAGGACAAGAAUGCGGACGAGGAUGAGGAUGAGGAUGAGGAUGAUGACGAGGAGGAGGAGGAGGAGGACGAUCAAUAUGACAUCUCUGAGGAUGAAGAUGACGAGGACGAUGAUGAUGAUGUCGAUUACUGCGACGGUUACUCUACCGAUGAGGAAACUGGCUUUGCUGACUCGGACGAUGACGAAGAGGAUGAGAACAUGAUUCUCUGGACGCCAAGCCAUGGCAACGCCGCUGCCCCAAGUUCCGGUGCCAAUCUCGCCCGCCGCCCGUCAGCUGCUUCCCAGUUUUCGGAUUGCUCCACCAUCUCGAAUCUCAGUCGCAAGACUGGCCGCCGCGCUAAGCCUCGCAAUAUUCACUCGGAUCAUGAGGCGCAUGAUCUACCGGACAGCACCGACUUCGUCUGCGGCACUCUGGACGAAGAUCGACCCCUGGAAGAGGCUUACUUGUCUUGCCUCGCUGCUCGCCGAAAUGAGAAGCUGCGCCUCAUUCCGCAGGAUAUCGACCCUAGCUUCCCAACCUCUGAUCCUGAGAAUGAUGACGAUGACGACGAUCAUCGCAAUGGCAGCGAAGAAGCUUCUUGGAUGCCCGCCAAGAUGGAUGACAUCCACCACGAGGACAGAUCUCGCCGCCGCAGGAAGAGUGAGCAGGCUUCGCCUCGCAAAUAUCACUCCCCUCCACCCCGGCGACGCCUCUCACCAGCCCCCAAAACCCGUGCUCGCUCUCCGAAGCCUCUCUUUGAUCGUCGCUCACCCCGCCGCAUGCGCUCCCCUGCUCCCCCGGCUCUCACCACACCCCUCCAGUCUCCACGCCAGGGCGAGCCGGUUCAAUUCAAACUUGCUGGACGUCCUGAUGUGACCCAUACUAAGUCGCUGCCGCGACCAGCUGCCAUGUUCCGCAUUAAGCAGCAUCGCGCACCGAAACGGCAGGACGAUGAGCUUCACGUUCGCGGCGCAGUUGAUAUUGUCAAGGGACUUGAAAAGAAGCGCCAGAGGCGCAAGGAGAAGUUUAAUCAGAAAUACUGCAACAAGGCUCGACGUGGCCAGAUCCCCGAGCGGAAGACACAACCUGGCCGCGGCGCUGAGCGCAUGAAGGAACUCGGCUUGCUUAUGGCAGGUAAAAAGGACCCUGGCAACUACGUGCUAUCUGUCUAG